CAAACAGGGAAGGAGGAAUAAUAUGAACCUAUGUACUAAGACACACUCUAGUCUGCAUCGUAGUAAGGACCGUAUUGAAAAAUUGACAGCCCAGUAUGAGUGAACAACUCCCGUUGAGCCACCCUUUUGAUCGUGAGGAGGAGACUUCCUUACAACAACUAUUUACUGCAUUUUGUAAUCACCUGACUCUGGGUCAAUGGGAACUUGCUCGAGUGUGUUUGCGAGGCUUGUUCAAACAGCGCCACAAGCUCGACAAACCUUUGAAAGAGAUUCUGAGGGCGAUCAUUGAUCAACCACAUCAUGCAAGUUAUGGAUCUUGGUCUGUUCCAUCUCCAUUCCAUUUAUCAUGGUUAUGUUUGGUGGAGUAUUUGGAUCUUUUUACUGAUGAAGAGGACCAGAUUCCAGAGCCUAUUGUCAAGAAAGUGGAAUUUCGUCUUCUUCUCCACUUUGCUUGUCGGCAUGCCCCUCAAGUUGUGAUUCAGGAUAUAGAUGAUUACCACAGCCAAAUUGUUUACAGAGAUCCCGACCUGUUUGCCUCUGGAGUGUCUGACCUUCCUUCUUCCACAUUGUCCUACUUGAAACAGCUCUUAUCUGAAAGUCCUCAAUUUGGGCAGGCUUUGAUUAAUGACCUCACCUCCAAAGGGAAGGGCUUUUUGAAAAAUAAUCAGCUGUUGCAACAGUUGUAUUUAGACCUUAUCAACGAGCAACUGAUGGCCUUAGACUCUGAGGCUGUGGAAGUCGAUGGUUUAAGUUGCUCUUCUGUCUCUGAGAAUGACAGCUCUGUAAAGUGUGCCACCAAACAAUGUAAAUUCAUCUAUCAAAUGCUUGCUUACAUGGACCCAAGUCCUGAAAUGCUGAGCCUUUCCAAGUGUCUGGAUGAUCUUUUCAGGGACCUCAUAACUCGAAGUGCAAAUAGAAAAGACAGUGUCUUAGACAGAGGCACUUUAUACUCCUGCUUUCUCAGCCAGUCGUCAACUUAUUUGAUUGAAAAGUUUUGUUUCAUUGAAAAUCAGAUGCGGUUUGUAAUUAGUAAUCUUCCUGAGUUGCCAUUGUCAAGAACAAUGCCACAAAGAUUCAAACAACCACCUACGUUAGAUGGUCUCUCUGUUCAUGUUUGUUAUGCCCAAUCCUUUAUGGAAGAUAGGAGAGAAGCCUGGAAAUUUCUGUUCUUCCAUGCUCUCAAUGGAAAUCAUAUCUUGGAGAACAUAGUGGAAACAGCUCUUGUCUUCAUUAGAGAAAGUGAUUUUGCCAAGCUGACACAGCUUCUGUCUCCUGUGGAGUUUUCCAGACUCAAGCCACUUGUUCUUCUCUUGGGCUGGCCUUUUUGCUACAGCUGUGAAAAUGCCAAAAAUCUACUGGAAGCUCUCUGGAAUCCAAUGGAAAAAGCUGCCCAUCCGUCGCUUCACCAAGCCUGUCAGAAACUGGCUUAUCAAGUCCAACUGGUUCAGUGGUGUACAGAAAAAGCUCGUCCCUUACUGGCCUCGUCUGAACCAGGCUCCACUCGUCAUCAGCAAGCCUCAGAAAUGUUCCAAGGUCUGGAGUCACAUUCCGUUUUACACGUGCUACACAAGUCUAUCAGUUUGGCGCACCUUCCUGAAAAAGAAGUCUUUGAACUUUUGAGAAAGAGACCUGUUUUUACUCCUCUAAAGGAAGACGUAAAUGGACCCUCAGGCGAAGGGAGUGAGGAAAGAUUAGAUGCAAAACAGGCAGGAGGAGAAAGUGAAGAGGUUAAUCAAGAGGAUUUGGAUCAAAACUCAGAAAUUCACCCUGAAGUACAAAGAGAUAUCUUCCUGUACCAUAGUUACUGUGCACUUAGAAAUUUUAUGGAAGCUGUGACUUCUUCUGUAGAGACCUCUGGUGAACUAAGUUUAGAAACCAAACAAGGAAAAACUGCUGAAUCUUUUAAUUCAGGUGGAAGCGAGUGUUCAGAUAUGAACUCGGAAGAGAGUUGUCAGGAGGAAAGGUAUUGUGGACAAGUUAGAAAUAAGCUAGAAGCUGGAAAGUAUCAUUUAACCCAAGUGUACCCGCUGACUUACAGAGUUGAAAUUCUAGAGAACAUCUUCAGUCUUCUAUUUGCAACUUACGAGGAUCUUUACGAGGGAAGAACCCAGCACAAUGAAAGUGAUGAUGUGGAAGCAAUGGAUGACGAAACCAGGAGUUUAUCCAAAAGUAGUCGGACUGGGAGCUGGGAGAGCCUCGCCAGUUCCCUGGAUUUGUCUUUUGAUGUUCACGGGCCACAUACCCCUUUAAAAGACCAAGAAAAGGCGGCCAGUCUAACUGGAUCACUGCCUCCAACUCCCCACACCCAGAAGCAGAAAAGUCCACCCGCGUUGUCAGCUAUGGAUUCUCCCUCUCGUAGGCAGUUGUUUAAAAAUAACAGAGCUGAAUCCGAUUCAGCUCUGUUGAAGAAAUCGUUAGAUGGAGAUGAAACGAUAGCGCCUCCUGUUUUUCCGCCUGCGAGUAACACAGUCAAAGCAAAGCUGUCAGAGGAGGAAUCAUACAGUGGUAAUUUGUUCUCUAGUAAAGGGUCGUCAAGGACUGUUGUAGCCGAAGAGAACGAUCUGAAAUAUGAAUUUGUGAUUGAAGAUGCGAUUGUACCAGACAUGUUGACAACAUUGAAAGAAUGUCUCAUGGAGCUUAAUACGGCGAAGUUCAAUGAACUGAAGAAAGAAAAGUCAGAAUCAUUCGUAAGACGCCAAGAUUUCCUCCAGACAUCCGUUCCUCGCAAUUCCAUGGAACAGCGUAUUUCACGACUGGGCCAGUUCAUCAAUGAGGCUCAGUGGAGAUUCCAGCUGGUGUCCUGGAAAAACGCCUCAAAAGGUCAGACCGCCAGGAAUUCCAAAAAGAGACUUUCCAGAAAAAUCAAGCAAAUAGUACGAACUGAUGGCAAAUCCAGAGAGGAAGAUGCCGAGGAUGAAGAUUCAGACGAUGUGGACGGUGCAAUUAUGUCGAGAAUAUCACGACAGAAAGCAGCAGCCUCGAAGGAGAAUUCUGGUGAAUCGAGCGCUCAUCUUAGCCAGGAUAUAUCAACAGGAACGGAUGAUAACAGAGAGGUAACAAGAAAGAGGAAAAGUCGUCAUCGCCGGCUGACGUCUCGAACGUCUGGUUCCGAAGGUUGCACUUUACUCAUCAAAGAUGAUAGCGUUAUAGCACGCAUGCUCUCCUCUCCUGACACGCUGAUAUACAUGUGCAUGAGAAAAGACAAUUACGAACGAGCGCUCCAAGUUAUAAAAAUGUUUAACAUGGCUGAGAAGCCUAGUGCUCUAGCUGCAGUCUUUGCCGAGAAGUACAGUAAAAUUGUAAAACAUUUGGAAAGUUUACAACCCAAAGGUAGACGAGUCAAAACCCAGGGCCUCUUGAAAUCUCGAAAGCCUCUCGGGGGCCUGGGCGCGGUUGCCAUGGCAGCUGCCUCGGGUGCUAGCAGCUCAGUGGUUUCCAAUCUGAUUGACGAAUUGUUAGCAAUGCCGUCUUUGAGUGCGGUCCUAGAUCUCAGUCUCACUCCAGAGGAUUUGGCGAAUGGGAAUUCAACUUUGGUGAAAUUUUUGGAUCCGGAAAUGAUUCCGACGAUGUUAUGUGUGGAUCUGGCGAGCACAACAGCUGUAUCCUGGUCAGUCUGCAAGACUUUGCUGGAAAUGGGGAAAAGUCGGAUCACUGAAGGUCCAUAUCCAUCUUCCUCCAAAUCAAGUGGACUCCUCCCCGGCAUAAAACCAUUUAUGUAUCAACUCGAGGAGCUUUUGGAUCAAGAAAUGUCACGUGGUAAUGCCCGGGCCCCGUCUGGUGGCAUCGCCAUCUCCGUCACUCCUAAACCUAAUGCAAUGGACCUUGUUCUUGUUGGAACACAUCCCAUUCGGCCCAAGGACAUGGAGGCUCACAGAAAACUCAUUUCUUCUCAAGAAGAAUCUUUUAGACGGUUUGAACAGGCGUUGGAUGAAGGUGAAACGCAGAUCAGCAGUGUGGACGAGGUUGCUAAACAACCCCCUGGCCACAGGCACGUCGGUAGGCAAGACUCGUUUAAUCUGAUGGAGAAGGGCCUAGCUGUAAGAGUCGCCAUGAUCGAGCUAAAGAAAGCAUUUGAUUGCACUGAUAGCGCUAAUUACGUCACUACCGCAGAUGGAGGGGGCUUGGAACAGAGAUACGACUACAUAUCAAGUUUGAUUAAGCACGUAGAAACUUUGGCGACGCUUUUGCUUUUUUGGAAAUCAAAAGCGGGAGACGCUUCAUCGAGUGUUCCUCCAGAUAUCGAUCUCAAUCGCCCAGGUGCUCUGAAGGUUUCCAAUCCUUUUGUUGUAUUGAAUGAAAGCAUUGCGGAAGCCCUUGGAAGACCCAUGUUCGAAAGGAACAUUCCUCCAAACAGCUUGGAGGCUGUUGCAAGGCAAUUGCAUGUAAAUCUCUCCAAGGUCAUCGUCUACAACUGCUGUCCCUCUGUGCCUUCACACGGGGGAACCUCUUGUAGAGACGUCCGCUGGCCAUCAUCUGACCUGGUUGUUUUGAAUACUGGAAGCAGGUGGACGGAGAAUGUUCGAGAUCCUAACACUGUCUCUAACGACUUGUUAUCCAGAAUGGUAAAACUUUUAAAAGAUUUGGCAGAGAAGAACGGCGGUGAGGUGGAUUCGAACUUAGUGGCUAAUAUCACAAGGACGCCUGAGUUUCAAGCAAUUUCACGGGGCACUGCAGAGCUUCAGUGCGUGGAUCUUAAAUUGCUUUCUUCAGAUGCUGCCAAGGUGUGCUUCUACCUCAACACAGUAAAUCUUCUGAUGGCGCAUGCGUCACUGAUUCAGUUCGCAGACAGCUCUGGGGAUGGUAAGAGUGAAGUUGAACGCUCUAUUACCCGGCACGCUUCAUUUUCUCGGCUCAUGGACGCGAUGUCAAGUUCUGGAGGGGAGGGGAAAGGUGGUGAUGCAGUUCCCCUUACUGCUCUAGAGAGGAUUGCAUUUCUAAAGCAGCAGUGCUACUGUAUCGGUCAGCUGGGUGUAGUAAGUGCUUUUGAUCUGCAGUUCGUUAUUUUGCACAAAGGACUGGUACCGCCAAGCACAUUUGGAGAAGGUGUUAUCAUGUGUUUUCCAGAACGAUUCACAGAUGACGCAAAGAAGUACAAAUUCACUACUCCUGAAAGGCGAGUCGUUUUCGCCAUCUGUGACGGCUGUAUCUCUUCUCCACAGUUACAGAUUUUCGAUGUGGAUGAACUAGAUGCCCAGCUCUCUACCGCUGUUGUUUCGUAUAUUAAUUCCCGCGUAUCUUUGAACCAACAAACUGGACAAAUAACACUGCCAGAAAUUCUUCAUUGGUACAGAAAGGACUUUGAAAUAAAAGCCGUGGAUGAUUUUAGUAGUGCCUCAGGUGCAGCACCCGAUGUUACUCUCUUGCUACAGAUGGAGCCGUAUCUUUUUCCAGAUACUGCUGCAGUUCUUCAACAAAUGCUCCCGAACGUCACUGAAAUCACUUUUACGCCAUUUUGCUGGAAUUUUGGCUACAGGUUUGAUUCAAUGCUGCGCGAGCGUUCUUCUUCGGUAUCAAGCUUGCAGCGGUCCAAUUCUUUGCCAGAAAAUCUCCUUCUGAGCAUGGAGUUGUCUGUCCUUGCUAAAACAAGAGGUGUCGGGAAAAGAGGAUUGUUCAGCUUGAACGAGACAGCGCUUGAAUAUUUAGAGGAAAAAUCUCCACUGGCAGCAGCGUUAACGAGUUUGGUGUGUUCCUCUCCUGCAAAACUGAAUAUUUUAACGGAAGACCGCCCCCAGUUUUCAAAGGAAACUUUGGAUUCUGCAAAUGAAACAGCCGAGUUUCCUUUCCGAGUUGCUUUGGAGAAAACUGCGAAAUUUCCGUGUCUUCAACGAUACAUUGCCUCCAAGUUGUACACAAUAGCAGACAUGUUGACUCUUUCCCCUGCAGAUUCCGACGAACAGGGUGGAAGCUUUGGCAGCGAUGACUUCAUCAAGUUAGAUUUAAACCUUCAAACUUUACAAGAUGGAAAGCGACCUCCGGAGAUCUCUCUUUUCUCGGUAGCUUUGGCUUCCGAAGGGAGUCGCGCACUCCAGAAUGCUAUCCUCAAAGCGAGCGAUUUUUUUUUGCGCAAAGGCUACUUUGAAGAACUCUUGGAGUUAAUCUGUUCAUCUGAUCUUCGUGGUGAUGGAGUAGCAGGCCCUUCGAUUGAUUUCUUGUUGAGUUCGGCCGUUCUAAGUAAAGGAGGAACAAGAUCCAACCUCCGGAAGAAACUUGAAAUAAUUUGCAAUCAACUUGAGAUUCCAGAUUUAAAAUUUGGUCAUGUAUUCCAUAAGAAACUUUGGAUCCUAUUAACUCGAUUGAAAGAUCAUGAUGAACUAACACGCCUCGUUCUUAGGAAAAUUAAAGAAUGGAAAGCUGAUACCUGCAUUGACUUAAUCGAUUUGUGUCUGUCUCGUUCGGUCGACAACGCUGCCCGAAGAAAAGACUUGGAGAGGAAAAGGAAAGAGAUAUCAUUACAUCAAAGGAUUUCUUUGUGUGUAAAGCCGUUCAAGUUACAGGCGCCUGCAGAAGAGAGGGCAUCGCCUUCAGCUAGUCUGAAAUGUUGGCAAGGCGUAGCGUCCCUGUCUGAGGAAAAUCCCUCCCUUGUUAUGGAGUUUUUGUUGUCUGCUCAACAGUUUGAUCUCGCAUCGGAAUGGGCUCAACUGCACAAUCUGCCGCCUAAUUUUCACAAGGUCAUCACUGAAAGUCACCUGAAAUUUCUCCUUGGCAACAAUCCAGAGGAACAGAUGAAGGCGUAUAAGAUCCUCGAAGGUCUGCAGGAUCCAGAAAUGUCGCAAGAUAUCUGCGAGUCACUCCUGGCGCAAAACCUACACGUCAGCCAAACGCUGUUUAUAAUACAGUUCAUGCUCACCAAUAUCCCCUCUCUCCUUUCUCCAGUCCGCGUAGAGAAGUUGCUUUGCACAAAGAUGGGAGCCAAGGCCCUACUGUGCUUACCAGACUCUGCUCGGCCGCAUUAUGAACACCUGGUUUCCAGGCCGCCGCUGUUGCUUGAGCAGCUGCUGAUGAACAUGAAGGUAGAAUGGGCAGCCAAGGUGUUUAAAAGAAUUCAGGUCGACCUAAGUUGCAUGGAGGACGUUGAAAGCCUUGGUGAUCACGGAUGCACAGUGAAGGCCUUUGACGAACUAUUAACCACUUACUCUGCCAAGGCACUGGAAUUUCAAGUUGUACAGACGGAGGAAAGUCAGAUUAAGGAAAUGUGCAGCAGUAUUAUGCAGAGUCUAAUCCAGGCUCCCUCGUCCUCGCCAACCACCUCUGUAGGCUUCCUGGAGUCUGGUCGCUACGCCCCUGUUACCUCAAUAUUUGGGACCCGGGAUACCCCAGUUGGGAACGCAGAAAGGAAAGUACAAACCGUCCCCAGAAGAAAGAUUUCUCACGAACCACGAUCGGUCACCCUUCAGAAGCAAACAGCUUCUCCACGUACCACUGGAAGUCUGGGAACGCGGAGAACUGCAGUUUUCGGUGGUCAGCAGCGGUAUAUUCCGCCUGUUGUUCCACCAAAGAUGGAAGACUGGAUGCCAGAUCAGGAAGUAUCACUAUGUGUCAUUUGCCAAGAGAGGUUUAGCAUGUUCAAUCGCCGUCAUCACUGCCGACGCUGUGGUCGCGUCGUAUGCGGGUCGUGUUCCCAACACAGUCACGUUGUUGAUGGAUACGGGAAGAAUUCUGUGCGAGUGUGCAGUGUUUGUCAUGAAUACUUCUUCACCAGCAGUUCUUCUCAAGAAGACCUCAGCACAUCAGUUCGCUCAGAGUCAGCUUCAUUCGGAUUGGCACGUGCUUCUCAAGGAAUUGCAGAGAACACAGCGGAUAGUGGUCCAGACAGUGUUUCAAGGAGUUAUUUUGAAGAAACUACCUCCUUGGACUACCUGACAGAGGACAUGAAUGCAAGAUGUCACUGGAAACUAGGUUUGGAUGAGGAAACCAACUCUUCUUUGAGAGACGAGUUUUAUUAUGAACAGGCCCCAAGUGCCUCCUUGUGUGUGUCGAUAUUGGACCUUCACAGUGACGUUAAGGCCUGUGGCAAGCUUAUUCUGGACCUAUGUAAUUCGCUCUCUCAAAAGUUGGUCCCCGUGGCUCCAGGUAUCAGUAAUGAGGAGUUGGACCCUUACCUGCUCAUAAGUAUGAUGCGUUAUCUGUUGUUUAACGCCAAGCUCAAGAUGAUGAAGGCAGGAGAGACGCAAGGCGUGGAGCUUUGUGAUACGUAUCUUGGUCAUGUGGACUUGAUGAAGUUUUUAGUGGAGUCUAACUGUGGUGACAUUCCUUCACUGCGAGAUCUCAUGCGUCAUGAUUCAGCAAGGCGUCUUCGUGACCGGUUCAUUGAAGCAGAGCGGCUCUCACUAGCCAUGGAAGUUUCUACAAAGUGCGGCCUUGAUCCUUCAGGGGUGUGGGGUGCGGCAGGAUUUGCUCUUCUCCAGGCCGGAGAUUUCUCCGGGGCCCGAGAAAAAUUUUCUCGCUGUAUGAAGCCUGAAGAAGGAGGGAAACAACAACAACAGCAUAACUCGCAGUAUCUGGAAAAGAUCAUCGACAUCUUACAGUCUUCUCCAUUACUUGCCUACAGACAGUCCACAGACGAUCUCAUGUCUCCGUUACUUGGACUCUUAGAACACAGUCGAAAUUUCCAGAGUGGAAACUCGUACUUAGAUCCCAAACGGUUCGAGGAGUGCCUGUAUUAUCUCCACAAGUAUGGUAGCCCAUCAUCCCUUGUGGCGUUUUACGUCAGACACGGGCAUCUAAAGCUGGCUUGCAGAUACAUCUUAGACCAGCAAUGUUCCGUGGAGGUAUUUAUAGAAAGUUUGUUUAUGCGUCUCGUGAUCAAAGGAAAAUUUGCGCCGCUGAAAGAACAGAUGGAAAUUACAGAUCCGACACUUCAAGCAUGGAUGCCUUAUUUGACCGCAGCUUGCAAAUUUUUACUUCGGAGAAGUUUUCACAAUCUGUUAUAUGAAGUGCAGGUGUUUAUGAGGGAUUUCUUUCGCGCUGCGCAAACUUGCAUACGAUUUUAUGAAGGCGUAGCUGGAGGCCCCGUGACGUCAUACGAGGACUUGUACUCUCGGAUGCACUACCUCGAGGAAGCCAAACAGCACAUUGAAACUGUGAUCGCCGAGAAAAAAUCCCCUAAGGGAACUGUAAACACGGUGUUCGCGUAUUUACGCCAGCGCAGCACGGGUAGUGUGAAGAGUUUGACAGAGGAACCAUCUCACUUGGCCAUGUCAUUGUCUGAGUUAAACAGUCACUUGAACACAAUCAACCUACAGAUAGAGGUCACUAACUUCAUGCACCAGUGUGCAGUAGACAGAGGGGGACUAGGUCUGCUUCGGGCAAGCGAAGGGAGUCGUCUACCUACCUUGUUCGGAAAUGGACAUAUAAGAGGAGAUAUGGUCGUGCAGGUUCUUCUUGCUGGAACAACAAUUCAAAACGGUUUUAGUUUGGCGAGUCGAAUAAUUCAGGAUUAUAACCUUCCAGCGGCUCGCGUUUACGUGGACGCUGGCCGCUCGUUGGCUCGACAAUACAAGUAUCCACUCAUUGAGGAACUUCUGCGUUGCUCGGGAGAGACUGGGCAAGUAACAGACAAAUGCCACGAUGACAUCAUUCUGGCAUGUGUCAGCAUCGUGGCGGCUGACCAAAGUCAGGCAAAGUAUCUAGAAGGACUCAUAAAACAUUUGAAGAGCGAAAUCAACAAGAUAAGUGCAUUCAUCAUGUGCGGUAAGCUGAAAUCCGCUUACCUGAUCGCUGUUAAAGGUGUUCGUGUGGACGCCAUUCGAGAAAUCGCUGACGUGGCGGAAAAAUCAGGUCAAAGCAAAAUGGUGGAGAUAUGUCGCAAGUAUUUGACACAGUUCGAGAAGCAGAAGGCUGCACAACGAAAACACGGGGCAGAAUCAAACAGAUAAUGUCCAACUGAACUAUUUGGUGGGUGAUGUUGUGACCCAUGCUAUGAGGAGUGGGGAGAGUUUUUGACUGGUUGUUAUGACCCCCCCCCCUCCCCCUCCUUAAAAAAGGCCAAUCAAAGGAAAAUAAUUGAAACGACCAGACCGUUAGACCUUAUAGCCAAAGAAACACCCAUUAAACCGGAAUUGAGCGUUGGACAAAGUAUCAUGUUUGGCUUGAAUGUCCAGAACUUUUGGGAUCAAUAUAGGAAAGAGGACAAAAAAGGCAAAUUUUGUAGAGAUAUUUUUUACUCGUAAAAAUUGCGGACAAAAGAUAGGAAAUUAACAAUUGAGAAAUAUUGAGAAAUCUAUUUUCGUAUAUUUAUUUUAGCUCAUUUGUAGAUCUUCGGUACAUUGAAAUUUAUAAAAAUUUAAAUGUAUUAAGUUUUGGAAACCAUCAAGUGGAGUUAAAUUCGUGGUUAUGGCAUGUCAGUAUUUUGACGUGGGUUAUCUCAAAUAUUCAUCACGACAAGAAGUACAUUCAAAUGAUGAAGAAGUGAACGAAUGCUAGGUUAGCAGUCAAGGUGAACGAGAGAAUUGGUGGCUAUCAUUCAGAGAUUUUUCUGUUUCUUCAUUAAAAAUCAAGGCAGAGAAUAAAAUGAAUGGGAUGUAAAUAAAAUGACAAGUAGUUUAACAAUCGAACGGAAAUUUGUGGUGGGGGGAGGAGGAGGAGGAGGAGGCCUCACCCCUACCCACCCUCCCCCAUUUCUUUUGUGCCCAACCGUGUUUUGAGUGGUAAUUUUCAAAGUGUUUCUUUUUGUUUCUUUCUUUCGUUUUGUUUUGUUCUUUUUUAAUUUUUU